UUAAACUAUAACUGAACUUCAUAUGUUCGAACACAUAGCCUAAAUCAAAAUUGAAAUGUCGGGUCGCAAAUGCGCAGAAUGCGGCGAAAUACAUUUGGCUGGCGCCAAUGGCGCCAUCUAUUGUUGUGGCGCAUUGCUGGGUGCAGUGCAGCUGUCCGGAAUGUUCGCGGACAGCAAAACAUUUGUGGACAUGUGUGCAAAGUAUUUGCCUGAGCGCAUUUUGGCAGAUUUUCAGUUGUUCAGCGCUUGCAAGAAGAACGAGGGAUCGUUGAAGCAUCUGUGCAACUUUGUGGAGAAUCACUUCGAUCCGCCUGGCAUGGAGCUGGAAGCUUGGAAUCCACCCGACUGGCGCUCUGAGCCGCAAUUUCUAAAGAAUGUGCAAGAUCCAGAGCUCAAGCGAUUCGGUGCCAGUGUGCAUGCCAUUUGGAAGAAUUUGGGACGUCGCAUUAAAGAUUGCGUGCGAACGAAUCCGCUCAUGUAUUCGCUUGUCUAUCUGCCGAAUCCGUUCAUAGUGCCAGGCGGUCGCUUUGGCGAGUUCUACUAUUGGGACACGUACUGGAUAGUGCGUGGCCUGCUCUAUAGCGGCAUGCCACAGACCGCGCGUGGCAUGAUCGACAAUCUGCUGGGUGUGGUGCAGAACUAUCAGUUUGUGCCCUCGGGUGGACGCAUCUACUACUGGGGACGCUCGCAGCCGCCGCUAUUGAUACGCAUGAUAAGCACUUAUGUGGAGCUGACCAACGAUGAGCGUUAUGCACUGCAGGCGCUCCCAGUGCUCGACAUGGAGAUGGAGAAUUUUAUAAAAAACCAUGCGGUUCAAGUGGAGAAUCGACUUUUGUAUCAAUAUCGCGACAAGUCAUCGGGACCGCGUCCAGAGGCUUAUCGCGAGGAUGUUGCCAGAGCCUCAUCCUAUGGCGAGGAAGAGGCCAGGGAGGAGCAUUACUCCCACAUCAAAGCAGCUUGCGAGUCCGGCAUGAACUUUAGCUCUCGCUGGUUUAUCUCUGCCAUAGGCAACAACGUGGGCACCCUGAGCGACACUAAAGCGAACUACAUUGUGCCUGUCGACCUCAAUGCGAUGGUGUUUCGUAACUUUAAGUACCUUUCGCUCUGGUACCGCAAGGCAGGCAACACAGCCAAGGCGGACCUUUAUCAGCAACGAGCCUGUGCACUCAUUAAAGCUAUACGUGCUAUACUAUGGAAUGAGGAAAUGGGUGUGUGGUUGGACUAUGACUUGUUGAAUAAGCAGCCACGUAACUACUUCGUGGUGACCAAUCUAUCACCGCUUUGGCAUCGUGCUUUUCCCAUCAACGAUGUGGAUAAACUCACCGAUUCUAUUAUGCGCUACAUCGAAGAGAACGAGCUGGACAGCUAUCCGGGCGGUGUGCCCACAACGCUGAGCAACACUGGGCAGCAGUGGGACUACCCCAAUGUCUGGCCACCCAUGAUGCAUAUGCUCAUCGAGGGUCUAAAUAAUUUGGGUACACCUCAGGCCAUCGAAAUGUCAAAGCGCUGGUGCGACCGUUGGGUCAAGGCAAACUACACAGCAUUUCGCAAUUCCAACGCCAUGUAUGACAAGUACAACUGCGAGGUGCUGGGCGGCAAGGGCAUUGGAGGUGAGUAUGAUUGUCAGUGUGGUUAUGGCUGGACGAAUGGGGUCAUUAUUGAACUAUUGGCUAAAUAUGGAGCAGAGUUGUCAGUCUCCGACGGAGAUGAAUGUGCCGAAUGCUGCGAACCUACGAACAUUCUAGCUAUGGAAUCCUGUCCAAUCACUAGUGAGGCAUAUAUGGAAAAAUGUGAUGCCUGCGGUGAAAAGUAUGGAACUGCAGAUCAGUCGCAGAAUCAGGGUGAGGACGAGACGGACAUCAAUCAGGAGGGCAGCUCCAACAGCUGUGCCUGCUCUUGUGAAAUGGCAAACAAAGCAGAGAAUGGUCCUGAAUCCAACGCUGAACUUGAACUGGAAUGCGCUUGCUCUUGUGAAGUGCCGAUAAAUGUGGAAAACGGCACACAAACGGAUCAGCAAGAAAAACAUCGCAGUUCAGGGGCAGAGUCUAAGCCGCAGCAUAUAUUGGCACCAAGCGGUGAAUCUCCUUUGCAGACGGGCACACCUGUUAGGAAAUCAGCAGAUUACUACUACGGCGAUUCCGGUAUCGCCAGCUGCGUCUCCAAAGCCAACUUCAACAACACCACCAACAACGUAACCAACAAUACCACCACCAACAACAACAACGAUAAGAACUUUACCUGCGCGUGUGGAGUUGAUCCAUAUCGCAAUCCCUUGAAUAUAGAACGCACGCAGCCGUUUCCGGCGGAUCCAGCAGCUGGCAAUUUUGUCGUAACCAAAGCGGGGCAACCCUGCGAUAGUCCCAACUGCCCCAGUCAGGUGUCCUAUGCACCGCAGGUAUCUUGUCCGCUGUGUGCUCAACAAACACAGCCGCCGGCACCUUGUCCGAUGCACGCGCCCAACCAACAGUUGUCCUGCCAGACGUCUACAGAACCACCGGCUCAGCAAAAAGCACCCACUUGCCCUUUUUAUCCGCAAAAUCAACAAACCUCCUGCCAAUCGAAUGCUCAGCGGCCGCCUUUUCAAUAUACAAGUGAGCAGCCAACAUCCGGCCGAAUGCAUUGCCCGAAUCAGCAAAUGAAUCAGCAGAAUAUGCAAUACAGGCAAGCACCACAAGCUCAAUCACCACCCUGUCCGCAUCACGGUGCAACUCAAGCAUCAUCAAAUCCUUGUGGCAUGCCUAUAAAUGCGCCAGCACAAUAUGCACCUCAGUCUGGACAACCGUGUGGAGCUCAGGCGGGGCCGCAGAAUGGAUCUCAGCCAGCUCCUCAGUCAUGGCAACAGCCAGCUCCUCAGGCGAAGUCGCAGUAUGGAGCUCAGACAGGUCCUCAAUCGGGGCAACCGUGUGGACAGUUGGGGCAACCGUAUGCUCUUCAGUCAGCUCCUCCGUCGGCAGCGUGUGGACCUCAGUCAGCUCCUGCGUCGGGGCCGUGUGGAAACCAGCCAGCUCCUCAGUCAUGGCAACCGUGUGAAAAUCAGCCAGCUCCUCAGGCGAAGUCGCAGUAUGGAGCUCAGACAGGUCCUCAAUCGGGGCAACCGUGUGGACAGUUGGGGCAACCGUAUGCUCUUCAGUCAGCUCCUCCGUCGGCGACGUGUGGAACUCAGUCAGCUCCUGCGUCGGGGCCGUGUGGACCUCAGUCAGCUUCUCAUGCAACGUCCCCGUGUAUGAAACAGAAUGCCGCGCCUCCAGAAAAUCAGUCAGUGUGUCGUGAUGUUAGUGCCAAGCCUUUGGGACUGUAUGUCAUGAACUCAAAUCCUCCAAAUCAAAAUCAAAGUCUGAAUUGCGAAAAAGGUUGUGGCAAGAAAAACGGAGAGCCUAGUGCUGAGCUUGAAGAUAGUUCAUCAAUGCCUCAAGCAAUCACUAGAAUAUUCCCAUUAGCAGAUCCAUUGAGUGUAAAGUGCGUCAUUUCUAGCGAAGCCCCCGAGGAAGAAGAAAAGGGUAACUGUGGUUGUCCAGCAGAGGAGCCGUCUGAGGAAGCGUCAGUAAAGGAGUGCGAUUGAGAACUAAUACAAAAUUAAACAAAAACUUAUUAAGUUAUGCAUUCACCAUAAUAAAAAUCAACAUUUGGAUAUAAAA